GUUUUCCUGCGACCCUUGUUGGUGGYGACGUGCAGGGAGCCGGGCUGUGAUUGGCUCUGGGAAGCUGUCAGUCAUCCGCAGGCUGCAGCCGAGGCUCCGGAGAGAGGGAGAGAUGUCAGAGGCUGAGCUGCUGCCUCCCUUCAGUAGCAUCAGUGGGGUCCAGCAGCCAGCAUGGCCACAGCUGCCUCCAGCCCCUACACCCUGCUCACCUCCGGCCCAAUGAUCCACGCGGACAGCCAGGCCAUGCAGCCCGCGAGCCCUUACAGGGGGCACCAGAAACUCCUGCAGAGCGACUACCUGCAGAGCAACGGCCACCCGCUCGGGCACCAGUGGGAGGGCAGCCCCUGGUCCGCCAUGGAGCAGCAGGACGUGAAGCCGGGCCGGGAGGACCUGCAGCUCAUCCAUCACCGCUCCACGCACGUCGCGCACCACUCCCCGCACCACAACAACCACCCGGGGGCCUGGGGCACGCCGGUGUCCCACGGCACGUCCAUCAGCAGCGCGCAGCAGAUCAACCUCUACUCCCAGACGGGCUUCACUGUCAACGGCAUGCUGGAGCACGGCGGUCUCACCCCGCCUCCUCCUCCGCCGCCCAACAGCAACCCGCAGGGCCAGGGCAUGCACCCGGGCCUCAGGGACACGCUCAGCCCCGAGCACGGAGACCUGGGCGGCCACCACUGCCACGACCACUCGGACGAGGAGACGCCCACCUCGGACGAGCUGGAGCACUUCGCCAAGCAGUUCAAGCAGCGGCGGAUCAAGCUGGGCUUCACGCAGGCGGACGUGGGGCUGGCCCUGGGCACGCUCUACGGGAACGUGUUCUCCCAGACCACCAUCUGCAGGUUCGAGGCGCUGCAGCUCAGCUUCAAGAACAUGUGCAAACUCAAGCCGCUGCUGAACAAGUGGCUGGAGGAGGCCGACUCGUCCACCGGCAGCUCCAGCAGCAUCGACAAGAUCGCGGCGCAGGGCAGGAAGAGGAAGAAGAGGACGUCGAUCGAGGUGAGCGUCAAGGGCGUCCUGGAGACGCACUUCCUCAAGUGUCCCAAGCCGUCGGCGCAGGAGAUCACGUCSCUCGCGGACACGCUGCAGCUGGAGAAGGAGGUGGUGCGCGUGUGGUUCUGCAACCGGCGGCAGAAGGAGAAGCGGAUGACGCCGCCCGGGGAGCCGCCGCCGCCGCCGCACGAGGGACCGUAUUCUCACAGCGGGAGCGCGGGCGGAGACGCGUCCUCGUGCCACGAUCUCUGACCCCAGCUCCAUCCCAGGGGGGGUGGGGAGGAUUUCUGCAGACUGUCCCGGUCCAAAACGGACUCCUCCAGUAGGAGCCUCCAGAACAACAACAACAGAACAGCAGGAACCCCGCUCAGCCUUUUUUUAUUUUUAUUUUUUAUUUUUCUAUUCAAACUCUAAGGGCAUUAUUCUGUUCCAGGUCUUCUGUUGGAUCACGUUGCUUUCUUUCAUCACGGAUAUAAAAACAAAAAUGUGCCUCUUGAAUAAACCCGCAGCGCCUUUGGUUCGUUUUUCCAUCA